AUGUAUUUAAUAAAAUUAGUUUGUUUCACUUUCAUGCUGUUUAAAUCCACUGAAGCCUCCAAACACAUCGAGGCUAAUCCUCAUGCUAAGCGAUUAUACGACGACCUCCUCAGUAAUUACAAUCGGCUGAUCAGACCUGUGGAAAACCAUACGCAAACUCUAACUGUAUGGCUGGGCCUAAAACUGUCACAAUUGAUCGAAAUGAACCUAAAAAAUCAAGUCAUGACGACCAAUUUAUGGGUGGUGCAGAGAUGGUACGACUAUAAAUUAAAGUGGGAACCGGAGGAAUAUGGCGGUGUGGAAAUGCUUUACGUCCCUUCUGAGCAUAUUUGGCUUCCGGACAUCGUUUUAUUCAAUAAUGCCGAUGGUAAUUAUGAGGUGACUUUGAUGACUAAAGCCACUUUGUCUUACACCGGCGAAGUAAUUUGGAAGCCACCUUCGAUCUAUAAAUCUUCUUGCGAAAUAAACGUGCAAUAUUUUCCCUUCGACGAGCAAAGUUGUCUAAUGAAAUUCGGUUCUUGGACUUACAAUGGCCUUCAAGUCGACUUGAAGCACAUGGACCAAGUCUCCGGCAACAAUAUUGUCAAAGUCGGUAUUGACUUGUCCGAAUUUUACCUUUCCGUCGAAUGGGACAUCCUUGCAGUCCCCGCCACGCGAAACGAAGAGUACUAUCCUUGUUGCACAGAGCCGUAUUCAGAUAUCACUUUCAAGAUAACAAUGCGUCGCAAGACAUUAUUCUAUACAGUCAACUUGAUCAUUCCUUGCGUCGGGAUCACAUUUCUUACAGUUCUUGUUUUCUACCUUCCUUCGGAUUCGGGCGAGAAAGUCACACUUUGUGUCUCAAUCCUAUUAUCUCUAACUGUGUUUUUCCUGUUGCUCGCUGAAAUUAUUCCGCCGACUUCGUUGGCCGUCCCUUUGUUGGGCAAAUACCUCCUCUUUACCAUGAUUUUGGUCACUUCGUCCAUAUGGGUCACGGUGUGCGUGCUCAACGUGCAUUUCAGAUCCCCUUCGACUCACAAAAUGUCGCCGAUUGUGCGAAAAAUCUUCCUCCAAUUCAUGCCCAAACUGCUGAUUAUGCGGCGGACGACUUACACUUUGCCUGAGUAUGACGACAGUUUGCCUCCCAGAGGAUACAGUGGCGAGAUCGAAAUGCAAUUGAAUAUGAGAGAUCCAUUCAACACUGAUUUCAAAAUGAAAGCACAUUCGUCGAUGUCCUCCUCGAAUAUAACUCCUCGUUUCCUGUCGGCGAACGUUCUCUCGGCUCUGCAGGGUGUUAGGUUUAUUGCACAACACAUCAGAGAUGCCGAUAAAGAUAAUGAAAUCGUUGAAGAUUGGAAGUUUGUUUCGAUGGUCCUAGAUCGAUUCUUUUUAUGGGUCUUCACUCUGGCUUGCAUCGGCGGAACUUUCGGGAUUAUAUUACAAGCUCCUUCCUUGUACGACACCCGAGUGCCUGUUCAUCAACAACUUAGCGAAAUUCCUCUCACGAAAAUUUUCCAAAUACCCCCCUCGCGCACACACAUCCCCACACAAUAA